AUGGAGCUUCCACACAGUGUGGGCGAGAUGGUGGUGUCGCAGUCAAUUUUGCUGUGGUUAAGUGAAGGAAUGUGCUCCCAUGGCGAAUGCGUAGGUUGCUACGGUAGGUGUGUCUCUACGCGGGAGAAGGUGAACAAGGGUCAACGAAGUUGA